CGGGCUAUACGCCCGAGUUUUAGAACACUGAUGUUUCCUAAUUACAAUAACCUCGCAGACGCUGAGACAGGCAUUUCUGGGACCUGGAUGCUUGCCCACUCCUAGGGAAUCGCACUCCUGCUAUGAUCUCUGGUAGUUUCAAAGAAUCUCUCGCGUAUAUGGGUUACACUUGUAACAAGAUGUCAAUUGUUGCUUAUUCAUCUACGAAGCUGGAGCUGGAGAACGCAAAAGAAUUUGAAUCCGCCAAUAUCAAGCUUCUGCAAAACGCUGAUAAACGUGCAAAACAUUCUAAGAUCCUUGAGGACGUUUAUAUGUGGGGAAUUAAGCAUCGUGGUGAACUAACAAAUUUGAUGGUAAUCUCACAAAUGUCCCAACACUAUGUUAAGUACGCUACCUUUAAAGAGCUCGGAAUCAAUGUUCUCUUGGCGUUUCCCGAUGACACAAUUGGAUGUCCAUGGCCACUUGGUAUUCCAAGUUCAGUUUUUCUCUGGUCUAGCUUUUCAAAUGGAGGGAACCCUCUCGAUAUCAGCCAAAUCGGAAUCGAACAAGUUGGAAUGUCGUCACUUCUUCGUGACUGUGCGAGGGAGAAGAAUCUGUGGGAGAGGAAGAAGAAGAAGAAGCGUGGAAAGAAAGAAAAAGCUCUGAAGAACGAAAUCGGAAUCCCACAAGUUGGAACGUCCUCACCUCUUCGUGCAUGUAAGACGACGAAGCAGAAAAAGAGUGGAAAGAAAGGAAAAAAGCUCUGAAGAAGAAGAGAGCAACUACUCAAUCAGAUGAAGAAACCACUUCACCAAAACGUGGAAACGCCGAGGUGGAAAGGACAUGAUAUGUUGAUGCUGUUUUUUAUAAUUAUGUUUUACUAUAAUCUAUUUUCUAGUCAUUCC